AUGCUCCUCCAGAUGAUCCUCGACUCCCGUGGCCUGCUGAACGCUGAGGCCGAUGGAGUGGACGACGUCAUUCGCGGAGUGGACACCGUGGCUGUUGAUGCCGGCUCGGGCGACCGGUCCAUUCCGGAGGCGGCAGGCAAGUCGGUGGGCAAGAAGAAGGCGGCCAAGACGAAGACAUCGGGCAAGACCGCUGACAAGCCCAGUCUUCACGGUGCGGCAUUCGCCCAACGGAUAGGCGUGAUCUUCAGCGCCAUGUACAACAUGUUUGUGGACGCUGACACACUGAAGAUGGUCCACGAAGUCGCCGGCACGCUGGCGGGCUCGGCCGCAUCCCCCGCUGAAUGGGCUUCGACCGAGCUUGGACAAAUCGUCCGCUUCGCCGACGACCGCAGUCAAGACCGCGUGCGCGAAAUCUUGACCAACUACACCGACGAUGGGCUGCAGGAGCCGAGAGUGUUCACCAGGAUACGGCAGGAGAGGACAGCUUUCCUCUACACCCACAUGGGCAAAGACACCAAGCCCGAGAUUUGGUCUCGAGCCAUGGGCCUGGCUUCGUUUUGCCAAGGCGAAGGCAUCGAGGCGAACGCCAAGAUGAGGCGUCAUUUAUCGUGGUGGAAGCUGCGUCCGGAGCGCCUUCAGGGCGACUUCGGCAAGCUCUCGCCAAGGGUGACCAAGCAUCUCGAGGCUGGCGCCCACAGCGGCCCAGGCGAGCCGAAGGUAGCAAAUGCCUUACGCCAGAACGCAUGGUUCGGCACCGCCCUGGAGGAGCUCGCCCAGAUGUGCGGUGCAUUUUUGGCGGCGACUAGCACUUCGGUGCCCAAGGCAACACCCCACCUGGACAUCACUAUGCAAGUAGGGGAUGCCCUGAACUUCUGCGACGCCCUCCUGACUGCUUCUCCAUCGAUGGGGACCGCGGAAGACUGCGCAACUAGUGCGGUAUUUGCACCAAUCUCCUUCCAGCAAGGGUCGGUGCAGCCGCUGCACCUCCGGGCAGGCAUUUUCAGUUACCCGCCACAAUUUGACGUCAUCAACACCAGCAAUCUUGCGGAGCACCUCGGCACGGUCAACGUUUUGGUGGCUUCUUCGCCGCUCCUGAAGACACUGCCGCACGCCGUGCUUCUUACAAGCCUUUUGGCAUCGACGGCAACCUUGCACCUGUACGAUGGUUUAGCUGACUUCCAGGCGAAGCUCUUAUGCAUGAGCUCCCACACCGCCGGGAUCUUGCUCGGUGUUGUACCCGUAUCGAGCCUUUCGUCCGUGGUGGGACAUGCGGACACGAUGGCCUUCCUGUCCGGUACCUUACCUACCCAACAAGACGGGUCUUCGGGGUCAUCAUCCACGCAAUUGCGGCUGAUGUGGAAACGGCCAUCGUCGGAUCUCACGUCACCCAUGCCUGCGGCAGCCUCAGUGGAUGUCAGCCCAAGCGACUUUGCCAGCCUUACCCUACCGGUCUACAAGGCUAUGUUCUCCCACAUGCCAAACAUGUCGAUGUUCGGGCUCGACGACAAGCAGCUCCUCCUUUCUGCGGCGACCAACAAGUACUUCACGUCGGUCUCAUUUGCGCGUGUCUUAGCCUUGGCUGGCCGUCGGUUGCGCCUGGGGUCUGCUCACUUUGAGGCGGCACGGGUUUCCAUCUUCGAAAGCAGCGGAUUGGUGCUGGCCCUGAAUCUUCGGCAGGAACAGACCGUUCUCCACCAUUCUACCCGUAGCGACUUCGUGGUCGACCACUCCAUUGAGCUCAUCCGCGACGUAUGGAUGAUUGAAGGCUCCGGUCUGGUCUACAAGGUCACUCUGCGCAUGGCAGAUGAUGGGGCAAGGGAUGUGCUGGCUGCGGGUGGUGCGGCGGUGGAUGAGAAAGCGGGAGGUCUCUGCUCGGUGUGUGUCAAGCUUGGGGGGAGGUUUGGGCACUUCACGCACUUCCCGUUUCCCGUCAAGAAGAGCGCUAUCAACCUGAAAGUUAGCAAGCGCCAGGGCCACGCUAUCUUCACGGUACCGCCUAGUGGAAGCCCCGCCCAGAUCCCAGUGACUGCGCUGGCGGGCCUGCCGUCGAGCUUGUUCUGGUCACCUUGUGUCCCUCUGGCAUCGUUGCCGAGGUUAGACUUCCAGGCGGAGUGGACUCACGGGCAGGUCAUGGGGGGCAUGUCGAUCAUCAGGGGAAAGAAGGGCGGACAUGACGCCGCCUCCCGCGGCCUCAAGGAAAUCAAGGGUAUGGGUUGUCGGAGGUACUAA